CGAUUCGAUUAAUACGAAAUCGGAUACUAAGAAUCCGUUUACACCCCAUAUGCCUGGAUUAUAUCUGGCGCCCGGCGGCAUAACAUAGCGCCAAGGCCCCGUAUAACUACAGCACCGUCGGUCCGUCAUAAACAAAACGACGAAAAGACAUGCUUUUGUUCGUUUUGAGCGAGAAGAGAGGAGCCUGAGUUUGUGACUGGUCGAUUAGAGGUUUAGAGCCGAGAGCAAACCCUAGAAUCCGACGAGAUGGGAGCUCAGAAGCAGCCCUAGAAAUCUAAAAUGAGAACUGCCAGAAUAACCCUAGAAAGGUAGGGUUUUCGUUCUUCAUUUUGAAAGAAAUUCCUGAAAUUAUAUAUUCAGCAAUACUUUGGUAUUCUAAGAAUCGUAGAAUUUUUGGAGAAACAUGUCUCUCAAUUUGAAGAAAACCCCCACCAUUACCGUUUUUAAGGAUUCAGGAGAAGCUGAAGCUGAUACUGUUUCUUCUGGAAACGGAGAGGGUAAAUCGUCGUUUGUUUCAGACGGAGAAGCCGGCGUGCUUUCUUCCGGUAACCAAGCAGAUCCGUCGUUGUCGGCUCCAGGAAAAGAAGUCACCUUGUCUGCCUCCGGUAAGCAAGCGGAACAGCCGUCGUCAGCCCCCGAAGAAGAAGCCACUGUAUUGUCUUCCGGUAAUGAGAAAGCGCCAUCGCCGUUAGCUUCCGAAGGGGAAGCUACUGUGUCUUCUUCUGGCAACCAAAUAGCUCCACCGUAUUCAGGAGUAGGAGCUACUAUGCCUUGUUCGGGUAACCAAACAGUUCCACCAUCAACGGGCUCAGCAGGAGCUACUGUUAUUUGUUCGGGUAACCAAAGAGCUCCACCUACGGGAUCAAGAGAAGAAGGAACCCCUUUGUCUUCUGGCGGUGACCAAGCAGCUCCAUCGAUGGGUUCCGGAGAAGUUACAUUAUUUCCCUUUGGUAGCCAACCGAUGCUCCCUUCUUCUGAUUCAGGAGAAGUUAUCGUUUUCUUUUCUGGUGACCCAACGGCUCCCCAUUCGGCGGAUUCGGGAGGGUUUGUUGUGUUUUCUCCUUCUAGUGAUCAAACAGCUCCACCAAGGAGAAAGCGACUCCCAGGAACGCCAGACCCAGAUGCAGAGGUGAUAGCGUUAUCGCCUGAAACGCUAUCUUCGACUGACCAAUUAGUGUGUGAAAUCUGCAAGAAAGAGUUCUCACGCGAGCAGAACCUGCAACUUCACCGCCGCGGCCACGACCUUCCUUGGAAGCUUGGAGGGGGACCAAAGAAAGAGGUCCGGAAACAAGUCUUUGUUUGCCCUGAGCCUUCAUGUAUUCAUCAUGAUCCCUCAAGAGCUUUGGGUGAUCUCACGGGAAUAAAGAAACAUUACCUUCGUAAACACUGCGAGAAAAAAUUUAAAUGUGAAAAGUGUUCAAAACCAUUUGCAGUACGAACCGAUUGGAAGACACAUACAAAGAAGUGUAAAGCCGGAUGAUGGAGUGGUUUAUCUUGCUUUUUGAUAACAGGUGGGUCUCCCCCUUCGAAUGUGGCUGUUUUUCUCCCAAGGUAAAGGAGGAAGAUUAUGUGGAGAUGCAAUAGAGAAGCAAUCAUUUGGAUGAUUUGGGAAGAAGAAAUGCAAGGAAUUUCAAUUGGAAAAGUUGUUCUAAGGAAAGGAUCUUUGAAUGCAUCAAAGUUAAGGUGGUGCUUUGGUUGAACAAUGAACAUAUUUGCCCCAUUCUUAGUGGGUGAUAACUUAAAGAGUGUGGUGGCAAGUUCAUCUACCAAAGGAAUAGUGCAUCAACGGCAGUAGCAACCAUCUUGGACUAGUCAUAUUUUUGACAUUGAUAGAAGUAGCCUUUGUAAUCAAGGUCCAUCAGGAGUAUGUGUGUUUAGAGAUGAGUAUGGAUCAAUAUUAGCUUUAUUUCCAGGCCCUAUUGGAAUUGGGAACUCUAGAGCAAAGCUAUUAACUGUUCUACAAGAUUUGAGAUUUGUAAAGAUGAUGAAUUUUGGAAAUAUUGUGGUUGAAGAUGAU